AUGUAUACGGACGGUCUACUAACUCUCCAUUAUGGGAAACAUCCCGCAACCUUGGCUGCAGAGGUCGGGGCAUGGUACAGUGGGGAUCGUCAUGUCGACGUGACCCUGGCUUGCGACGACGGCUCCGUCGUCAGAGCUCAUAGGGUCGUAUUGGCCGCAGCUAGUCCCUUUUUGGCUAGUCUUCUUCGCAACCCGGCGCUGGACCACGUUGUCCAUCUGUCUGGUGUCAGGAAAACACAGCUUACUCACCUACUUGAGUUUCUUUACAAUGGAGAAGCUCUCAUACCCUCGUCAGAAUUAACGCCUCUGAGAGAAUUAUUUGAACUCUUACAAAUAAAAUCGGAAUCGUUUGAUCCAAACCAACCACAAACAUCAACAGAUUCUGAUUCAUUAAGGAUACCAACACCACAACCUUCCGAAAGUCAAGAGAGUUCUAGUUAUGAGUCUCAGUAUGACAGCAGGUCGCAAUCGAAUAAUCCAGCGGACUGCUGUUCCGUGCUAAUAAAAAGUGAAGGCUGUGAUGAUGAUCCAGAGCAGGAUGUCGAUGUCGAGGGCGUUGAAGGUGACGCAAUUCUGACAGACAAUGGUGAGAGCAGUAUCGAGCCACCAAGAAGGAGGGAUAGCUCGGAUCCAGUAAACCUUAGUCUAAAUUCCGGUACCUCGACUAAAAGUGAUGGGUCCCAUGAACUUUCCCACUUGCGGUCGGAGAAGAUGCUGUUGGAGAGGAGAGAGUCGCUAGAAGAGGCGGAAGAAAGACGAAGACAAUUAGCAGCGCGACUGUCUCUCGGAUUAGAGCCGGGAAAAAGAAAACCCGAGGAGAUACCUCUGCCGCCCGCGGAGGCGUACGUCGUAACGCCGCAUCGCAAACGCAGACCGGGAUUCCAUAAUGCGCCUGCACAAAACCCGGCAUUCGUGCCGUUCAAUCCGGGAUUUGAGACACCGAGGAGACUUGCUGCCCCACAUCCACUCAGUGUUUCCGCUCCACCCUACCUGCAGGACAGGUCAGUAACGCCUCCAGGAGCGUCUCACAGGCCGCCCAGCGCAGACCCAGCGUCGGCGGCAGGCCUGGAGCCACCAUGGGGUGCUUGGACUCUUCCUCCAGCACGAGCCCCGCCACCUCCCUCGGCCGAGGACCCGCCGAAAUGCACGCCAGUUCGCGAGUACCGAUGUACCUACUGCGGCAAGCAGUUCGGAAUGUCCUGGAACUUGAAGACUCACCUGAGAGUUCACACCGGCGAGAAACCAUUCGCCUGUCGCCUCUGUGUCGCCAUGUUCAAGCAAAAAGCUCAUCUCCUGAAGCACCUUUGCUCUGUACACAGAGGCGUUAUAGCUGCCCCGGAUAAUACCUUCACCUGUUGUUUCUGCUCCCUCAGCUUCGACAGCCUCCAAGAACUCAUACGACAUCUCUCCGGACCGCACAACAAUCUUCUUCUCAGUAAAAAUCUUCACGACUAA